AUGAAUUGCCUCGAUCUUGUGUUCACCAAGUCCUCUGACAACAUCAACGUCGUGAAUUGCCUCCCCCCGUUGGGUCAGAGUGACCAUGUAGUUCUCAUGUGGGAAUACACCAUAUUCUCCCUGCCUGCAAAACUGCUCGAUUCCCGACCCAAUAUUUGGCCCGGUGAUUUCGAACAGAUGAAAAAGGAUCUUUGUCCUAUCGACUGGGCAUCCACUCUCCCCGGCGAUGUCGAAAAGGUUUGGUGUCAGUUCAAAGAGUUAGUCCACAACCUCAUCUCCAACCACUGCCCGAUCAUGCGCAGAAAAUUAACAAAUAGAGGCAGCUGGUUGACUACGUCCUUAAAGAAGGAAAUUAACAAGAAGAGGAAGUUGUGAAAAAGAUCCCUGACUUACCGGACGCGAGAAUCCCUAAGUAGUUAUAUGCUACAGAGUAAUCGGGUCAAAAUUCUCAUCGCCAGAGAUCGGAAAGCCCUUGAAAAGGUUCUUUUGAACCAUGCCAUGGUUUAUCCCAAUGUCUUUUACAGCUACCUAAGAUAAGCACACGCAACAAAGAUCCCAUCCCACUGCUGCGAACGGCCGAGGGAACGGAAAUCUCCGAGGACAAGGAUAAGGCUGAACAUCUCUUUCAGUACUUCCGGUCCAUCGUGACAAGUGAACCUGAUUUUCUCUCACCCACUUGUGAGGACGAAGUACCGCCUACCCUCGAAGCCAUCUUCUCCAACGAAACAACUGUUCGAAAUGAAUUACUAAACCUAAAAGAAUUGGCCUACCCAGGCCUUGAUGCAAUCCCGGCCAAGCUGCUGAAGGAGCUAGCUCCCGAAAUGUCCAAGCCGUUAUCUUUGAUCUUCCAAACGUCAUUUGUUACUGGAUGCCGGCCCUCUGGUUGGUAG